AUGCAACCUUUAUUCCCAUUUCUCUCCCUCCUCCUCCUCCUCAGCCUCCCUUCUUCCUCCGCCUUCGAAUAUUCCGACGCUCUCCACAAGUCGAUACUCUUCUUCGAGGGGCAGCGCUCCGGCAAGCUCCCGCCAACCCAGCGUCUGCAAUGGCGGGGGAACUCCGGCCUUUCCGAUGGGUCCUCUGCUAAUGUGGAUUUGGUGGGCGGGUACUAUGAUGGCGGUGAUAAUGUUAAGUUUGGGUUGCCGAUGGCUUUCACCAUUACAAUGCUGGCAUGGAGUGUUAUUGAGUUCGGCGAUAGAAUGGCCGGGGAAAAGGAUUAUGCGGCGGCGGCGGUGCGGUGGGGAAGUGAUUAUCUGCUUAAGGCCGCCACGGUUUCUCCGAACGCACUUUAUGUGCAGGUAG